AUGACCCCACAUAGACCGAGUACGGACACGUUCUGGAAUCAAGAGUUCGUGGAUGAGUGGAACGACGAGCAUUCGCCGAAAAAGACUCUCUGGCUCCCUGAGGUCAACAAGAGUCCGUUGAAGAAAUCUCCAAGCAAGAAAGCGAGCGCAGACAGAGCUGCACGGAAAGUAUUCGAAAGAGCAAAGCAUGUGUUGGCAGCGGAUUUUCUACAAGAACUAGACCAAAUCGUCACCAAUGGACAACUACAGAAGCUUGCAGAUUCCACGGGCGGAAUCAAGAUACAGUGGACUAACAAGUUGAACACCACCGCGGGCCGAGCCAACUGGAAACGGGAAACAAUCAAAACUAAACCAAGCACCGGGGACGAGGUAGUCACAAAGCACCGACACCAUGCGUCCAUCGAACUCGCCGAGAAGGUGAUUGAUGAUGAGCAUCGUUUACUAAAUGUCAUAGCACACGAGUUCUGUCAUCUUGCAAACUUCAUGAUCAGCGGUGUAACAGCCAACCCGCAUGGCAAGGAGUUCAAGGCGUGGGCAUCUAAAUGCUCUCGGUCGUUUGGCCAUCGCGGUAUCGAGGUCACUACGAAGCACACAUACGACAUCGAUUUCAAAUACAUCUGGGAGUGCGCGGAUUGCAGCAUGGAAUUCAAACGGCAUUCAAAGAGUAUCAACCCGGAGCGUCAUCGAUGUGGCUGCUGCAAAGGCGAGCUGAAACAAACAAAACCUGUCCCUCGGGCGACCGCAAAGGCGUCCGAGUACCAAAACUUCAUGCGAGCGCAGAUGAAGAUCGUGAAAGAGCAGAAUCCCACAAGCCCUCAGAAGGAUAUCCUGAGGAUUGUGGCUGACAAAUGGUCGCGCAAGGACAAAUUGCAUAUCGAUAAUGACCAGGAUGCGAAGAUCAACAGUGUUGCAGAUGUGCUAGAUCAACUAACCCUAGAAGACAAGCACUGA